CCAUUUCUUCCUCCAUUUAUUCCUCCAUUCCUUCCUCCAUUUCCCCUCCAUUUUCCUCCUCCAUUUUCUUCCUCCGUUUUCUUCCUCCAUUUCCUCCUCCCUCUUCUAUCAUGGUUCCGGCUGUCAAGCGGCCCCGUUCUCGGAAAUGUCUCACCAGUGCAGAAGCCUGGGAGAGAUUAGAGCGUGUCGCUCACAGACUAAGAACGACCGGGCGCCUGGGAACUAGAGACUCCAAGCAAGCUUCAGCUGCAUUUUCCUUAUUGAACCACCCAUCGGAGUCUACCAGUCAUGACAAGUAUCGACAGUUCCUAGACCUAGUACUUCAAAAUUGUGGCCCGCAAGCCGUACGAUUAUGUGCUGUGGCCCUUGGCCAAAAUAAUGUCAGGGACAUGAAGAUGGCCCAUCGCCGAGAGCUGAUUAGUAAGCUGGGUGAGGAACAACAUCGGACACUAAUAAACCAAUCGUUUCCAAACCUUCAGGGUGAUACUGAAGCAGCAGCCCUUUUAAAGGAUAACCACUCUAGUGGGAGCGAAAAUCUCCGGAUCUCGCCAACAAGUGAGGGAGUCAUCAGCGAGAAUGGUGGAGUCGAUAUCGCCAGUGCCUCUACAUAUCGAAUGAAUUUGGAGCCUGAACUCUUUCAUGAUGAUGGCAUUCAUGGGCAAACCCUCAUUUACCAUCACCGGGAACGUCUCUCAUUUGAAGACCCAACUGAACAUAUCCCAAGCUGCCGUGGCUACCGAGACCUUACGAAGCCCCACGCACAAGACGACAGCCAAGAGAAUUCGGAUAUCACCAACACACAAGAGAUAUUUGAACAUGCAUCCAUCGACGGCAUAGCUGCUGUUUUCAAAGGUCUUAUUUGCGGAGCUAUCAGAACGACUUCUGUUCAUGUAAACGGAAUCACGCGUUCGACGGCAUCAGUGACAACUGUGUUUCCUCCUUGGGGCGCGGUCGACUGUUUAUUGAGCCUCGAUAUCUGGGAAACAAGCGUAGAACCUCUGGCGAUGGCUCUAUUCAAUGCAACGGUGAAAUGGGUGAAAGAGUCUCUACACAUUGGCUUUACAAGGGGAACAAGUUUGACCAUACCCAACUCCGAAGUCACUCUGAAAGGCGUGCAUGAUGAAGCUAUUGUCCAGGUGUUUGGUUCCGAAAUACAGCAGGCGAUAAACCAGAGCAGUAUUCGCAUACAAGAGAUGGAAAAAGGUAAAUUAAUGACCGAAUGUGUGUCGAUGAUCAUCACUGAGAAAGGAGCUAUCAUCAGCCUAUCGCUCGGUCUCGUUCAAGGGUUAGAAAUACGAAAGAAGCUAUAUACAUAGAUUGGAAUCACUCGACAAAAUGUCCUUCAACAUUCUUCUUUCACCUUCCCCUUGGUGAUGUAUAAUUUGACCCCCUCUGGAACGACACCUUGUCCAUUCCGCAUGUCAACAAGUUUCCUUGUCUGUUCCUGUCCUUCAUCAUCGAGCUCGUAAACAGUGACAUUGCUUCCUUGCCAGUACACCAUUUGACCUUUCCCAAUAAUCAUUGUCACACGAUUCUCAGGCACGUUGUCGAAGUCUAUGGAAGAAACGAGCGGCUCUGGUUCGAAAGACAUUUAGACACUUAUCAGGUAAUGACACACAAUGAAUCAUUCAGUGACAACAGAGUUGGUCUUGCAGGACGGAUUUUGGCGGGCCAAAAAGGUCACUGCCCGGAUGCGUCAGACGCAGAAAAGCAGGA